UGUCAGAGGAAAACAUCUAUCCACAACUGUUUCUAAAAAGGACACGUGCAUUAGAGCAAGCUGUUUUUUUUCAAGCAAAUAAUAAUAUAUAUCCAGAAAACUACUUUUUAAGAAUUCCACAUAAUAUUUGAAAUAAUUGUAUGCCCUUUGAGUAAAUAUAAUACACAGCUGACAACUUUUCAUAAAACUUGGAGUGAAACUUGAUGCAGGAAAAAAAAACCUAUAUGGCGGCGAGACGAGUCAGUGAAGUUUUGUGAAAUAAAGCACCAUGAGGUAAAAAUCUGAUGAACUGAAAAACAAUAAGACAACAAAUAACUUUCAAAGACAAACCAUUGACUGUGUAAGAGAACUGGAGAGAGCUAGUAUGACAUCACCCUUAGAAAAUGAUUUACUUCCAGCUCCAACCAAAUGAAGUCAAUUCAGUUGAUAUUUUUCAACAUUACGGAUACCGCUGUCUGCAGCCAGACGAGAACAAACCAGUGAUGGCGUUCGGACUGGUGGCCAUCACGCUGUGCGUGGGCUACCUGGGCUACAUGCACGCCACCAGAGAGAACGAGCAGCUCUACGAGGCCGUGGACAGCCAGGGAGAGAGAUACAUGAGGAGGAAGACCUCCAAGUGGGACUGAUGGAGACGGAAAAAACACAACGAGUCUGUGCAGUUUCAGCUCAUUUCAAGAAGAAAACAAAUAAAACCAUUAAAUAAGAAA